AUGACAACCGUUCGCAUUUGUGUUUGCGGUGACGAGGGCACUGGGAAGAGCUCGCUCAUCACCUCCCUCGUCAAGGACGUCUUCGUCCCGAAGAUCCAGAGCGUCCUGCCGCCGGUGACGCUGCCUCCCACGCUGGGCACCCCGGAGAAUGUUACCACUACCGUCGUCGAUACCUCUGCCCUGCCGCAGGAUCGCGACAAGCUGCGCAAGGAGCUCCGCAAGUCCAACGCCAUCCUCCUCGUCUACUCCGACCACUAUAGCUAUGAGCGCGUUGCGCUCUUUUGGAUGCCCUACUUCCGCUCGCUCGGCGUGAACGUGCCGGUAGUCCUCUGUGCCAAUAAGUCUGAUCUGCAGACAAAUGGAAGUACCUCGCAGGUGGUGGCUGAUGAGAUGCUGCCGGUGAUGAACGAAUUCAAGGAGAUCGAUUCAUGCAUCCGUACGAGCGCCAAAGAGCACCACAACAUAAAUGAGGUCUUCUUCCUCUGUCAAAAGGCAGUCACGCACCCGAUUGCUCCUCUGUACGAUUCUAAGGAAGCGAACCUCAAGCCAGCUGCGGUGGCAGCUCUGCGGCGGAUAUUCUAUCUUUGUGACAGGGAUCAGGAUGGCGUUCUCAAUGACACAGAGAUGCACGCGUUCCAGUUGAAGUGCUUCGAAAAGCCGUUGUCUGAAGACGACCUCAUGAACAUCAAACGGUCAAUCCAAAAACUAGCUCCGGAAUCUGCCAUUGAGAAGGGCAUCAACGAGAAAGGCUUCUUGCUGCUGCAUAAGAUCUUUGCUGAGAAAGGGCGUCACGAAACAAUCUGGAUCAUCUUGCGCAAAUAUCAGUAUACUGACAGUCUAAGCCUCAAAGACACCUUUCUGCACCCCAAGUUCGAUGUUCCCCAGUACUCUUCUGCGGAGCUGAGCCCCGCCGGCUACCGCUUCUUCGUCGACCUCUUCCUCCUCCACGACAAGGACAACGAUGGCGGGCUCAACGAUGCCGAAUUAGCGACCUUGUUUCUGCCUACGCCUGGGCCACCUCCGUCCUGGGUGGAUUCAGCCUUCCCGUCAUGUACAGUACGCAAUGAAGCGGGGUACAUCACACUUCAAGGCUGGCUUGCACAGUGGAGUAUGACGACUUUUGAGGAGCCAAAAACCACCCUUGAGUAUCUUGCCUACCUUGGGUUCGAGAGCUCGGACCGUGGCGGCACUACUGCCGCACUCAAGGCUACGAAGGCACGCAAGAGGCGCAACCGUCCUGGCCGAGUUGAGCGGAACGUGGUGCUCUGUUACGUCCUCGGUGCAAGCGGCAGCGGUAAGAGCUCGCUGCUCAACGCGUUUCUCAGCAGGCCGUUCAGCCCAAUGCACUACCCUACAAUCAAGCCGCACUCGGCGGUGAAUAGCGUCGAGCUUCAGGGAGGAAAGCAGUGCUACUUGAUUCUGGAAGAGCUUGGGGAACUCGAGCCUGCGAUCUUGGAGAACAAGGCCAAACUCGAUGCGUGCGAUCUCCUCUGCUACACGUACGAUUCAAGCGAUCCAGAUAGCUUCGACUACAUCGUGCAGCUCCGAAAGAAAUACCCACACCUUGACUCUCUGCCGGCCGUGUACACGGCGCUGAAAGCCGACCAAGACAAGGCAAUGCAGCGGACUGAGAUGCAACCGGACGAGCACACCAGUGCGCUAAACAUGGCAGCACCGCUCCACGUCUCGGUGACGUGGAACACGAUCUCCGAAUUCUUCGUACACGUGAGUACCAUCCUCCUAUUUGUGCCAAGUCCAGAGUGA